CUAAGUAAUAUUAGGUUUCGUCAUUCGUAGUCAGUAGACGCACCUUGCUGUGGCGGAGUCGUAUGUAAUUUUGUAUGUGACCGUUUUUAGUUUAAAUUAUAGUGUUAACGUUGUGUCAGACAGGAAAAAUUAUAUAAAUAUGAAGAUGUGGACGUCAUAUCACACGUUUGAGCAUCCAUGGGAGACUGUGGUAAAGGCAGCAUAUAGAAAAUAUCCCAACCCCGUAAACCCAUGCGUUUUGGGAACAGAUGUCAUCGAAAGACGAGUCAAGGACGGUGUUUUAUAUUCACACAGAUUGGUCACCAGUGAGUGGCGUUUUCCUACAUGGAUAUUACGAUUAGUAGGGCACAAGGGUCCGUGCUACGCUAGCGAAUGGAGCGAAGUUGAUCCAAUGGCUAGGGAAAUGGUGGUGAAAACUGUGAACGUGAGCCUGGGGAAACACGUCUCAGUCGGCGAGGAAGUUAAAUACAUGCCGGACCCGCAAGACUCCCAGAAAACAGUGUUAACGCAACAGGCGGUCAUCUCCAUCUCAGGUGUGCCACUCAUUGAUUAUUUGGAGAGGUUACUGACCAUGACUAUCGAACAAAACGCCAAAAAGGGACGGCAGGCGGUGGAAUGGGUGAUCGAGAAAAUCCACGGAGAGAUGAAAGAUAUCGCAUCUACCGCGGCGAAGUCGACGGACGAUCUGCUAAACCAAACGCGUCGUCAGUUGGACGACAUCACGAAUAUCACGAUGCGCAGCAUGGACGAUCUUCAGAACGUGGCAAAGAAAUCAUUUGACGAGUUUCAAAACCUCACAGCACCCCCGCCUUCACAGUCGAUACCGAAAUUAUAGCUAAUGUUUCACGUUAGCUUCGAUCUCUUUACCUAACGCCUCGUACAACUUUGCCGAAACGAUUGGAAUCGAAACGUAGACAGCAGCGAUCGAUAUCUCUCGGAUGUAUACAGGAAGGGAUCGGAUACCGACAUCAUCGAUUUGAAUAAGUUGUUCCUUUUAUCACGCAGAGUAUCUCGUCUGAAAUUGACUUUUACUAUUUUACCGAACGAAAUAAUUGCAUUUAAUCAAGUGUAAUCAGCUGGCUGAUGCUUGCAGCGCAUGGAUCAUGCAAGGAAGUAAUUGUUUGCACAGGUCUUUCGUUCAAAUAUUCGAUACGUUUUCCACGAGUGCAGAGAGCGAGAGAGAGGGAGAGAGAGCGAUCAAUCGCGUGCAAUAUCCUUAUCGUUCCGUAGAAGUCGCUUUAGCGAAAGAGACGUAGCUAUAGUGAGUAAUUAAAGUGAUUAAAGCGGUUCUGAAGACAUUGAUUUUUUUGCCAGCAUUGUACCAUCGAAGAAGCAGUUUCCUGUGUUAGAUUUAUAAACGACAGAUGGAAACAUUUUGAUAAAACAAACGAAGAAACUAUGCCAGUAUAGUAUUUGCAAGAUAUGUUCCUCAUCACUAGAUCAUUCGAUAACCAGCGUGAGAUUAGUGAACCGUUCAUUUUUCAGCUUCAUUUGCGCUUUAACAUCACGUCUACCGAAUAACAAAACAUGUCGCGCACGCAGAGGAACUAAAAGAUCUUCAAAUCACUCGAUGUCUAUGUUUAGCUACUGUCUUGUGUCAAGCUUACGUUUGAUUGUAUUAGAUUUAGAUUCGGCCAAGUUGUUGUUUAACAAGUACAACUCAUCAUCGCGUAUCGAUUACUUCUCGCGCGUUGCUUGUGCAGCAGCUUGGCGGUAGUUAAGUGAAGUAGCUAAUAAACGUGACUUAAAUUAUUACAUGAAAACAAAUUCAUAGAAGCUUAUAUGUCGCGUAGAAGUUAGUGCACAUUUUGUAAUGUUAACUAAACAAAGCGUAGCUACAGCUAAGUUCGUUUACAAUGACAUUAGUAAAUCUGUAAAUAAAUACGAAGCCACAGAGUUAAAUAUAUGAAUUUUCAAAGCAA